UAAAAAAGUAUAAGCAGCCAUUUUGAUUUCUCCUGUCUCUUGACAGGCCGGUGUAGAAAGAAAAUUUCGAUUUUAUUAUUCUACACCACGUUUUUGAGGCCUAAUUUGUGUUCAUGAAGUGAAAAGUGUAGUGUACACCAUGGCGCGAUAUGGUCAGAGACCGGAGAAUGCCCUCAAACGGGCCAAUGAGUUUAUGGACUUGGACAAGCCAGCGAGAGCUUUAGACACUCUUCAAGAGGUGUUCCGCAACAAGAAAUGGGCGUACAACUGGUCCGAGUCGGUGCUGGAACCGAUCAUGUUCAAGUACUUGGAGCUUUGUGUGGACUUGAGGAAGUCACACAUUGCCAAAGAAGGCUUGUUUCAGUACCGAAAUAUGUUUCAAUCGGUCAAUGUGGGAUCUUUGGAGCAGGUUAUAAGGGGUUACUUACGCAUGGCAGAAGAACGCACAGAAGCAGCUCGUGAACAAUCCACGCAGGCGGUCAUUGAAACUGAUGAUUUGGACAACCUCGCUACACCAGAGAGCAUCCUGCUUAGUGCUGUGUCGGGAGAAGAUGCACAGGAUCGGUCUGAUAGGACUAUAUUGACACCAUGGGUGAAAUUCCUCUGGGAAUCCUACUGCCAGUGCUUGGAGCUGUUACGUACAAACGCUCACGUGGAAACCCUGUACCAUGACAUCGCUCGCAUGGCGUUCCAGUUCUGUCUCAAGUACUCACGCAAAACUGAGUUCAGGAAGCUCUGUGAUAAGCUGAGGAAGCAUCUUGAGGAUAUUUGCAAGCCUACUGUGCAAACUGGUAAUGUGAGCAUCAGCAAGCCAGAGACACAGCAACUCAACCUGGAGACCAGGUUGUUCCAACUGGACAGCGCUAUCCAGAUGGAGCUGUGGCAGGAAGCUUACAAAGCAAUAGAAGACAUCCACAACCUGAUGAACAUGUCUAAGAAGACUCCCGUUGCCAAGACCAUGGCCAAUUACUACGGGAAACUGGCCCUGGUCUUCUGGAAGGCUGGUCACUGCCUCUUCCAUGCUGCGGCCUUGUUGAAGCUGUUCCAGCUAUCCAGGGAGAUGAAGAAGAAUAUUACUCAGGAGGAGUUGCAGAAGAUGGCAUGCCGCGUACUAGUAGCAGUACUCUCGGUGCCACUUCCCUCUCUGCAUCCUGAGUUUGAUCGCUUCGUGGAGACCGACAAGAGUCCCGUUGAGAAGGCCCAGAGAUUAGCCGUCCUGCUUGGUCUGGCUCAACCACCUACUAGGGCUAGCUUGUUGAAAGAUGUGGUGCGUCUGAACGUGGUAGCCUUAGCUACUCCUCAACUGCAGCAGCUGUACGCGUGGCUGGAGGUGGAGUUUGAUCCUCUCACUCUCUGCAACAAUGUCAAGAGCGUCGUCAAGUCGCUGGAGGAAGAGCCUAACUCCCCACUCGCCCAAUACACCGUAGCCCUAAGCGACGUAGCCCUAGUUCGGCUCAUCCGUCAAGUGGGCCAGUGUUACGCCUGCAUCCAGUUCUCCCGACUGCUGGAGCUAGCCAACACUGAUGACCUGUUCCAUCUUGAACGUCUGCUGGUCGACUGUGUGAGGCAUAAUGAUAUGCAGAUUAGAGUUGAUCAUGCUAAUAAGUGUGUACACUUCGGAGUUGAGGCAGGCGGUGGCGAAUGGUGUUCCACUGCUGAUGAAGCUUGCGGUGGCGCUAUACUGCAAGCUACGCCUGCUGAACAGGUCCGCGAACAACUAGUCCGCGCCGCCGAAGUGCUAUCCCGCGCCGCCGCCACCCUGUUCCCGCAGCGUCGCAAGCAGGAGCGGGAACGAGCACGAGCCCACAUGGUGCAGCACUACCACGAGCACAAGCAUGCUGAACACCACCGCGUACUGCAGCGACACAAGAUCAUCGAGGAGAGGAAGGAGUACAUCGAGAGGCUCAACACUGUGAGAGAGGAGGAGGAGCUCAGACGCCAAGAAGAAGUAUCCCGCGCAGCAGCAGCGGCCGAAGCCCGUCGUCUCGAAGCUGAGCGCGAGGAACGCGAGCGUCGCCGCCACGAGUCGGAGCUGGCCGCCAUGCGCGAGCGGCAUCUACGCGAGAGGGUGGCGCACAUCAGCCAGACUGCGCACGGACAGAAGAUGCUCUCCAACAUCAAUGAGGAGGAGCUCAAGAAAAUGGACGCCGAAGCGAUUGCCCAGCGUGAAGCUGAAGAGUUGAUGAAGGAACGUCGUGAACUGCAGGCCAGACUCAAGUCCCAGGAGAAGAAGGUGGAUUACUUCGAGCGCGCCAAACGUUUGGAAGAGAUUCCGUUACUGCAAAAGAGCUUGGAAGAGAAGCAAGUGCAGGACAAGGCCUUCUGGGAGACACAGGAGAAGGAACGCAUUCAGCAACUUAUUGAGGCACGUACCCGCGACGUGAACACAGCGGCCCGCCUGUCCCGCAUGGCGGUCCACCGCGAGCAGUUCACCGUCAAGCUGCGCAGCGAGCGCGGCGCCGCCCACACGCAGCGCCUCGCCGCCUUCAAGGAGAAGCUCAACGCCGAGCGGGACAAGCGCCUCGCUGAACGCAGGCAGCAGAGGGUCGAGAAGCGACGCCAGGAGUGGCUAGCCGAAAAGCGUCGCGCAGAGGAACGCGCGGCCGAGGAAGCUAAACGCAUCAAGGAGGAAGAGGAGCGCAAGGAGAGAGAGGAGCGAGAGAAGAAACAUGCCGAGGAGAUGGCCGCCGCGAGGGAGAGGAAGGAGAGAGAGGACAGGGAACACCAAGAGAUGUUGGCCCGUACUGAAGCGAAGAUUCGCGCUAAAGAAGCAGAGAUUCAGCGUAAACUCGAAGAGCAGAAGUCACAAACGUCUUCUAGUUGGCGUGACGGUGGUGCCGGAGCAAGGCCACCGCCUGCCAGGGAUGAUGCCUGGCGAGCCGGCAAGGAUGCUAAGGAUGAGAAGAAACCCUCGCCCGGAGAUACUUGGAGAUCUGCCCGUGCAGCUCGCGAGCCACCUCGUGACGAACGCGCCCGUACUCCGGAACGUCGGCCCGUACGCGACGAGAGGCCGCCCGCCAGGGACGAGCGACCACCGCCCAGGGAUGAACGACCACCUGCCAGGGAUGACAGACGCGACGAGAGGCCUCGUGAAGACCGCCCCAUACGCGACGAGCGCGGACCCCCGCGCGACGAGCGGCCGCGCGACGACAGGCCGCGCGACGAGGGCGCGUGGCGGUCCGCCAACAGGGAGCCCGAGAGAGACAGGCCUCGUUACGGCGGUCGAUCGAGCGGGCCGGAGAGCGGCAGCUGGCGUCGCGGCCCCGCAGACCCGCCGCCUGCGCCUACCGAACGUUCAUCCACCUGGCGGUCCAAGGACGGUCCGCCUCGCGAGGACAGGUUCCGCGACGCCCCGCGCGGCGACCGCGAGCGUGACGCCAGCUUCCGAGACCGCGACCGAUACCCGCCUAGGAGGGAUGACCGUGACGGUCCCCGCCGCGACGAUCGUGACGGUCCACGCCGCGAUGACCGCGACGGACCACGCCGCGACGACCGCGACGGUCCGAGACGUGACGACCGUGAUCGUGACGGACCCAGACGCGACGAUCGCGACCGUGACGGACCGAGACGCGCACCGCCACGCCGUGAGGAGAAACCCCGCGACCCGGACGGUGACGACUGGCAGCCCGUCACCAGACGCUAAACGCUCCACAGUUACCCACAUUUUAUUCAUUUGUAAUUAUGUAUUACUUUGUCUCGAGUUCAGUAGGGUUACCAACAAACAAAACAUCUUUACAUCUAACGGCAUAUUUUUAAUCUGUAGAGUUGAGAACUGUCAUUUUGACAUG